AUGAAGCUCUGUCUCUACAAAUCGGGGGUUCACAAGAUUCUGGGGCUCCCGCGCCGAUGGGUGCUUCCCAAGCCCUCCAUCAGCUUGCCGGCUUUCAAGAAGGCGCUGGAGCUCCGAGACAAGGCGCUGGCAGCCACAGCAGCGGCCGUGGCGGUGGCUAGCAGUGCGCAUGAGGAAUGCAGCGAUGAGAGCUCCAGGAAGAGGAAGAGGGUCGACGCCACAGACGAGGAGGAAGCUCCAGCCAAGCAAAUUUGCGUCGCCGACGAUAAGGAAGCAUUUGGAGAACAGGAUAGCUCGGAUUUGGAUCCACAACAGCAGGCUCCUCCAGAGGUCCAACCAAAGGAGGAUACUAGUCAUAACGUAGAGAAGGGAUCCACGUCCGCUGUCGAUCCCGUGCUCCAGGAGCGAGCCAAGCGCAAAGAAGAACUCGAGGAGAAACUUAAGACACUAACUUCAGAGAAACACCGUCUUGUUCAGCUCUUAAAACAGAUCCUUACAAACGAGGAGGAAAUGAAAAGGCGAGCACAGACAACUUCAUCGCGGCCUUGUGACGCUCCGCUACUCUCACAGACCCCGGCUGCUCGGCCGAUGGAUCUGGAAGAGGGGGAGCUCGAGUACGCGAGAAGUCCGAGCCCUCGCUUAGCGAGGACGUGAUCCAGCACUAGAACCGUACGCCAUCGCCAGUGAAACGAGUUACUUCUCCAGAGUUCUCUCGGGAGGACUCCAAUCAAUUGCUCCUUUUUCUUCGAGGCUACAACAGCGCACUGCACAAGUCUUGGGGACAGACACGGGCCGAAAACAGAAACAAGAGAAAAAAAAACGCUUUUCUUUUCCAUGUUGAUCAACCAACAGGACGUGUCCAUCACUCUUUUGUGAGUAAGUAGACAUCUCUCUCUCUCUUGUAAAAAGCCAUGCUAUAAAGUACUCUCCUCACUCGCUGUCACUCGAAA